AAUAAAUGUCACUCGUCAACGUCAGCAUGACAAGCAAAUGACAGGAAAAGCAGUAAUUGAAAAAACCUUUUGUUUUUAAGGCAUCUUUUACAAAAAUGAAAACAAGACAUUGAAUAAAACAUGGAAUCACAUCCUCUCAACUUGGCGCAUCAACAGCAUCGUCGUGCAGAAGCCCAUUUAAUCAAUAAUAGAUACGAUGAUGCGAUGCAAUGCCAUCACAAUGCAGCUGAAUUAUUAUUAGACGCUAUGAAGUCGACCACCUCUUCAGCAGCACUGGAAUCUAUAAGCCUCCAACAUAGUUAUCAUUUGAAACAAAAGGAUCUAAUCAAGAGCAAAAAAGAACAAUAUGCUCGCGUUAAAAAAGCCAUGGAAAACAUAAAACUGUUGAGCAGAGAUCCACAUCUCAAACUACAGAGCAAUGAGUAUUCUAAACUACAAAUUGCUAUUUACAGAGCUAUAAAUGAAUCUGAAGCAUUACUUCACAAAAUGUCAAAUGAAGAUUUAUCAUCUACCACUGAAUCGAGACUGUUACAAGAUCCAGUAUAUUCUGGUGAUGUUACAGAUGGCAAGAAAAUUGAGAAAACUCAACAGACUAUUGUUGAAGAAUUGCAAAUUCUCAGUCAAAAUUUACAUUCACUAGUAGAACAACUUGUCCUACAAGUUGAAGUUCUCAAAGAUGAGAAUGUAACUCUUAAAGAACGGGUUAAUUAUUUAGAAAAAGAAAGAGUAAAAUAUUUGAAUCUACCAUCAUCAUAUUCUAACAAUCAACAAAGUAAUUUCUCCACAAUAUUUGUACCUAAAGAUGAGUUGAAUAUAGCAACUAAUUCAAAUGAUUCAACAGAUUUGAGUCAGCCAAUGAAUGCUCUAGUCCUGGAGAGAAUAAAUCAGCAACCAAAUUUUGAUUUAAGUGCAUUCAAAGACCAAUAAAUAAAAAUAACUUUAGUAGUGUUUCUUGUAAAGCAAUAAAAGUGAUCCAAGCUGCUCCCUAUAAACUAUUUAUUAAUUAUUAUUACUUUACUUUGUUAAUACCGUUGUACAGAUUGCCACUGUAUUGCAAAAACUGAAUUUCAUUUAAUAAGUGUUAAAGCAGUGACCUAUGACAGUGUUGUCUAAAAUUGUAGUUUUCAUAAAUUUUUACUCUAGGGUUGUCUUUUCAAAAUGGGCAGGUGUUUAAAUUCAUUAUUAUUUUUCUGUGGCCACUUUUUGUUUUAUUGUGACCUAAAUGGCUUUCCAGAAAUAGGUGUGAUUUGUUUCUUCCAAUGUAAAAGUCAAGUUUAACAUUUUGAAAAGUUUGACUUUUAAUAAAUUCUUUAGAACAUGUUUAUUAUUAGCAGUAGAAGUAUUGUUUCAAAACUUGCAUAGUUUUUGUGUAAAUUUGGAUUUAAGUAUGUUCAGUUUCAGUCAGAUUUUAUAUCACACAAUUAUUGUAAGAUUCAAACUUUAUAGCAGCUCCAUAUUGGAAUUACAAGCUGCCAUAUUGUUUGAAUGACAAUAUACUUCAAGUAUGUCAUGACAUAUUAGUUGUAAUAGCAAUAAUAUAAUAAAUAUUACAAUUAUAGAUUGUUAGCAAUUAAAAUCUAACCAUGGACUUCAUCAAGCGCUAGCUUCAUAAAAAAUGGACACUUUGUUUAAGUGGAAUUAAAUAAAAACCUAGUUAUCAGCCUAUUUUACUUAGAGUAUUAUAGCUUUCUAAUGGCAAAAGAAUUAUGAAACCAUUCCAGUGCUUUUUUGACUUUAUUGUCAAUAUGUAUUAAUGCACCUGUGGAAUGUAGUUCUGGGGUAAUUAUGAUCCCCUUAUAUUUGUUAUGCUAUUUAAAGCCUGUCUAGUCUAGAAUGUAAUUCAGACUGACAUGCUUAUCAGACUUUUUGUACUGGUGUAUUUAACAUUUUUUAUGACUUUAA